CGCAACUAUACUCUAAUCAAUCUAUAUGGCUAUCUUAAGAGAAUUUCUUGGCCUUGUGCUCGUCACUUUCCUCUCAUCCACACUCUCCCUAGCUCACCCGGAUUUCAACUUUGGGUGGGGCGGACAUGGUGGGAUAACGGGAGGGUCUUUUGGUCUUUUCCCAGAAUUCUAUCAAUCCUCGUGCCCUCAAGUUGACGACAUUGUCAUGUCUGUUUUGGAGAAGGCCAUUGCAAAGGAGCCGAGAAUGGCUGCCUCUUUGCUUAGGCUUCAUUUUCAUGACUGCUUCGUUCAGGGUUGUGAUGCGUCAGUGCUGUUGGACGACCGUGCAACGAUAGCGAGUGAGAAGAGGGCGGGACCAAACAGUAAUUCCAUCAGAGGAUUCGAAGUGAUCGAUGAGAUCAAGGCCAAGUUAGAAGCAGCAUGUCCUCACACUGUCUCUUGUGCUGACAUUCUUGCUCUUGCUGCUCGUGGCUCCACUGUACUGAGCGGUGGACCCAAUUGGGUGCUGCCACUAGGGAGGAGGGAUUCUAGAAGUGCUAGUCUAAGCGGCGCAAACAACAACAUUCCCGCACCAAACUCGACUAUCCAAAUCCUUGUAACUUUCUUCAAGCGUCAAGGCCUUAAUAAAGCGGACCUUGUUGCACUCUCAGGAGGACAUACAAUUGGGGUGGCAAGAUGUGUGACAUUCAAGCAAAGGCUGUACAACCAAAACGGGAACAACCAACCCGAUUCAACCCUUGACAGGACCUAUUACUAUGGUUUGAAAUCAGUUUGCCCAAGAUCAGGCGGUGACAAUAACAUCUCUCCUUUGGACUUUGCUUCUCCUGCGAGAUUUGACAACACUUACUUCAGGCUCAUACUAUGGGGAAAAGGGCUUCUCACUUCAGAUGAAGUGCUUUGGACAGGAAACGACAGAAAGACCAUGGAACUUAUCAAGAGCUACGCAGAGAAUGAGAGCCUUUUCUUCGACCAAUUUGCCAAGUCCAUGGUUAAGAUGGGGAACAUUAGCCCUCUCACUGGAUUCAACGGUGAAGUUAGAAAGAAUUGUCGCAGAGUUAAUUGAUGAGGGGCAA